AUGACGACUAAAGCUGCUCCCACAACAACCACUGUUUCCCUUACAACAACAACAGCUGUUGGUUUGAUUACAACAGUUGUGGCUACAACACCAGCCAUCCGCACAACAACCACAGCUGCUCCCACAACAACAACAGCCACAGCUCCGACAACCACAGCCAUCCUCACAACAACCACAUAUGCUCCCACAACAACCACAGCAAAUCCAACGACCACAACAGCUUCCUCUACAACAACGCCAGCUGCUCCAACAACUACAACAGCUUCCCCUACAACAACCACAGCUGUUCCCACAUCAACCACAGCUGCUACCAAAACAACCACAUCUGCAUCGACAACAACCACAGCUACAGCUCCGACACCCACAGCCAUCCCCACAACAACCACAGCUGCUCCCACAACAAACACAGAUGCCCCCACAACAACCACAUCUUCCCCGACAACAACUACAGCAGCUCCAACGACCACAACAGCUUCAUCUACAACAAUCACAGCUGCUCCAACAACAACCACUGCUGCUGCUAUGACAACAAAUGCUGCGGCUAUAACAACUAAAGCCGUCCACACAUCAACAACAGCUGCUCCCACAACAACAUCAACAACAUCAGAUGCUAUGAUAACAACCACUGCAGCACCAACGAUGACUACAACUGCUCCUACAACAACCACAGAUACACCAACAACAACAACAUCUUCACCAACAACAACUACAAACAACCAAAGUUGUCCCCACAACAACCACAGCUGCUCCCACAACAACCACAGAUGCACCCACACCAACCACAUUUUCUCUGAAAACAACUACAGCAGCUCCCACAACCACAACAGCUGCUGCUACACCAACCACAUCUGCACCAACAACAACCACAGCCACAGCUCCAACAACCACAGCCGUCCACACAACAACCACAGCUGCUCCCACAACAACCACAGAUGCACACACAAGAACCACAUCAUCUCCGAACAUAGCAGCUUCCUCUACAACAACCAAAGCCAGCCCCACAACAACCACAGUUGUUCCCAUAACAACCACAGAUGCACCCCCAACAACCACAUUCUCUCAGACAACUACAGCAGCUCCCAUAACCACAAGAGCUUCCCCGACAACAACCACAAGAGCUUCCCCUACAACGACCACAGCUGCACCCAUGACAAUCACAGCUGCUCCCACAUCAACUACAUCUGCACCGACAACAACCAUAGCCACAGUUAA